UGACCCCAGACCUCUCUCCUAGCACCUCCAUGGCCAGCCCAGUGGACACCAGUCCUGGCCCUCCCGUCGUGGUAAAACAUGAUCCCGAAGAGCUCGGGAUGUACAUUAUCGUCAGUGAUAUCGCAGCCGGGACGUUCGGGACAGUCAAAAAGGCCAUCCACAAGGUCACUGGGCAUCGGGUCGCUCUGAAGUUUCUUUCAAAAGCUGCUGUUGCCAAUAACGGGAUGAAAACACGCGUGCGGCGUGAAUUCGAAUACACCCGGAUGCUGCGGCAUCCCCAUAUCAUCAAGCUAUCCAUGCUCGUGCUGGAUCCGUUCCAGCGUAUAACGAUCCCGGAAAUCAUGAAACAUCCUUGGUUCACAGUCGACUUGCCGAGGUAUCUGACGCCCCUGCCGCCCAUACCGGGUGCCGUGGUCGGGACUCUGAGCUCUCUGGUCGCUCCACCGGUUGUACCCCUGGACAGGGACCUUGAGUACGUGGAAGGACUGGGCCGGAUUGAUGACGAGGUAGUCGACGAGUUGGUUGAGCUCCUGGAAGGAGUCGACAAGGAAGAAGUCUUGCACAGUUUGCGUCGGGACGACGGGUCUCGUGGGAAUCAAGUCAAGGUCGCCUACAUGCUGCUGCAGGACAAGCGGAGAGUGGGCAAAGACCUUGCGAUCGUUUCUGAGCUGGAGCGAGAAGCGGAGCUGGCGAGCAUGGACCCCAGAAAUGCCAUCUCCCCUAAUGCGGUUUCUCCCAACGGCGGCGAUGUUGAUGAAAAUCCGUUUGAGGCUGAGUUUGAGGAGGACAUCGACGACGUCGAUGACGAGCUUAUCGAGCUUGCGGAAGACGAGGUAGACGUGCCGUCGAGAUUCUCCAUCCUCGGAAGCUCCCUGCCAGCGCCUGACUUGAUGAACUCCGGUCGGCGACGGCACAAGAAACGCUCCAAAUGGCAAUUCGGGAUCCGCAGUUCGAGUCCGCCUCUGAAAGUGUUGAAGGAGAUCUACGCGCAGCUCAAGGCGAUGGACAUGGAGUGGAAGUACAGGCACGAUCUCAGUGACAUCUUUUGUAUCGAGGCGAGGGCGCGAGUGAGAGAUUUCGUGAUUCUUAUGAACAUCAAUCUGUACGACACGAAGCAGCAUUUGGGGCUUGAGUACUACCGACUCGACUUCGUACACAAGAAGUCGUAUCGCGCGUCGACGCUCCCUGGUGCCGGCAAAUAUGAUGCGGCGCCCCGUGAGGGAUCCGAGUCCGAGUCCAUCACCCGAUCGUACGCUCGGUCGGUGUUCACGGACGGACUGAAUGACAAGAAAACAAUUUUGUCUCCCUUUAUCUUCAUGGAACUGGCCGCUGAACUGAUCCUCAACCUUGCUGCCAGUAAUGCUAAUGACUGACGAGUAUCUUCCUGCUGUGUGUACAAGGUCAUAUACGUAACAUGUACUUGUAAAUGUAGAUCAUGUACUGUAAUUGUAACAGUUUGAGUUUCAUGCAAGUCGUAUCGACUCUCUAGCUUCUACUUGUAUCUCGACAGACUUGUGGCUUC